AUGUCCCUAAGAUAUUUUCCCAAGUUCUUAACACCCUGGCUCAUAGCAUUCUGCAUGAUGUGGCUGCAUAGAUACAUCAGACUUAUUGUGCACUGCUAUAGUCACUGGACUUACAAGUCUAAGCCUAUCCCAACCAAUCCCUCCUACACGGCGGAUGAUGUUACGGUGGUGAUUCCCACGAUCCACGACACCUUUGAUGAGAUUCGGCCCUCGUUUGAGAGCAUUCUGGCCACACAGCCGCACAAACUGAUCAUUAUCACAACCGCCGACAAGUUUGAUGAUCUGCAAGCGGCUACAAAAAUUCUCUCCAGCUCCAAAAUUUGCAUCCUCUGCACUCAGUACGCCAACAAACGCAUCCAGGUGUGUGAGGCGCUGCCCAAAAUCAAGACCCGCAUCAUCAUUAUGGCCGAUGACGACGUGAUCUGGCCAUCGACUAUAAUGCCAUGGAUCUUGGCCCCGUUCGAGGAUGUGGGGAUUGGAGGCGUUGGCACGUGCCAGCGGGUGAAGAGGGUUAGGGAGGGGACGUUUGCGUCUAGGAUGUGGAACUGGCUGGGCGCUGCCUACAUCGAGAGGCGCAACUUUGAGAUUUCUGCAACACAUAACAUGGACGGCGGUACCUCUUGUAUGUCGGGUCGGACUGGUGCCUACCGAUCCGAAAUUCUCCAGGACUACGAGUUUCUGAAAGGAUUCAUGGAAGAGGAGUGGUGGGGUAAGAUACUCAAGGCCGACGAUGACAACUUUGUGAGCCGUUGGCUCGUUAGUCACCAGUGGAGAACUUGGAUUCAGUACGAGCCGGAAUGUGAGGUUGAAACGACGCUGGAAAACAACAUAAAGUUUCUCUACCAAUGUUCAAGGUGGGCCAGGAGCAACUGGCGGAGCAACUGGACGAGCCUAAUUAAAGAGCGUUAUGUUUGGAAACAACAAUGGUGGUGCACAUAUGCGCUACACAUUGCGACCUUCACCUCACUUGCCUUUGCCUUUGACUUCCUCAUAUUGGCAGCUCUGUGGUGGGGCACUGAGUGCUGGAACCCGCUCUAUCGGAAGUUUGCUCUUUAUGCGCAGCUCGCUUUCCUGGGAUUUUCUAAAUUGGUCAAACUUACCUCGUGGGGAAGCCGGAAUGACGGCAAUACCGACACAGUCCAAGGCCCGGCCCUGUCUGGCAAGCACAAGCGCAUAACGACAGCACCGACCCCUAAGAAGUCAAGAUAA